CUUCGCAAUUCACCCGCUCCUUUGUCCGUCUCCGCUUCCACCUUAUCUUCCCUUGUGGUCCUGCACUCUGCGGCUCCCUCCUUUGCUUUCUAUUGUAUGGAUUUGGUCCCCGUUGUUGCGCCGGUCAACAUCAUCCUUUAACUGCCCGCUCUCACUAUUGGCUUGCCGUCCCACAUCUCCCUCCACCUUCUUCCCCGGCUCCAUCAUGGCUUUUUGCGACUCCUGUUGAUUUGCCUCUUAACCUUGCUUCUCCCCGGUAGCCUUCCUGCUCUCGCCUUGGCGUAGUGGUUGCAUGUCCCGCCUGCAGGAAUGUUCUUUUCUCGGUAUAUACUUCUUAACCUUGGCUGAUUCCAGCUGUUCUGGCCCCAAUCGAUACGAACUGGUAACCUAGUCCGAUUGCCCAUCGCCCUUGGUGAGAGCGGUGGACUCCCCACCUCUAGUCAAGAAUUUCAGCUUUCCGCCCAUUGUGCAUCGCGGAGAUGUCGAGUCGAGGCAUUCUUGACGGCCAAUGGGCCGGUCAAUAUAAGUACAUGCGUUCGUCCGCAUCGUCGUUCUGGCUGCAACAUCUUCACCCCCGUCGCUUACGAGCCCGCCCUAUCAGGGCCCUUUUCCUUGCUGCGGCAUGUUUAUUUUUGCUCACACUAUGGUCGCACGCAUCCAGUGAACCAUCCGUCAACUUCUGGGUGAAAUACCCGUCCUACCCUCCGACGCGACGGCGCCCUGAAGAUAUCCCCAUGCUCCACGCCGGGCGGCGUGCCACGAACAAGAAUGAAAGUGCGCCUCUCGCCUUAGGAAAGUCAGCGCCCUCGUUCCACCUCCUUAUACCCGCGUUGCACAAAUCAGCUUCACUGUGUCGCACCGUGACGUCGUCGAUGAUCCUGAAUUACCCACCGCCGACACUGGUUAGCUACGGAAAGUCCACCUCGGAUGGGCGCACGGAAUACUCAUCCAUGGUGGACAAGAUCGCGGGGAUAUACAACUAUCUUGCAUACAGCACGCAACUGAGUGAUGAUGAUCUGGUUCUCAUUGUUGAUUCGGAGGACGUUUUCUUCCAGUUGCCUGCCGAGGUGUUGGUGCAGCGAUUCCAGAAUCUGCUACGGGAGAACAACGAGAAGCUGCUGCGCAAAUAUGGUACUAUCACUCUGGAUCUGCCUUUCCGUAAAGAGGGCAAGCAGACGCUACAGAAAUACUCGCAGAGAGUUUUGUUUGCCGCUAGCAAGACGUGUAUAUCCAGUCUUGCUCAAGACCCAGGCUGCGUGACGGUCCCGCAAUCGAGUUUGCCCCCGGACGCUUAUGGCUGGAAAACCGACAAUCACCCGCAGGGACAUCUCAACCGACCGCGGUGGCUCAAGCCGGGCGCAGUCAUGGGUCAGGCGGCUGAUCUGAGAGUCAUAUACGCCGAGAUAUUGCAUUUUGUCCAUCAGCAUCGUAAUUCGCGUGGUGACUAUCUGGCCAUGACUCAGAUGUUUGGGCGUCAAGAAUACCUACGCGAGCUGGAACGACGAAACACCACCAACAGAUUCAAAGAAUGGCUUUACCGCCGAAUUGGCAUCUCGGAGGUGUCCAAUAUAACUGGUAUUAUUCCCCCACGCCUUACGGCGGGAACCCGGUAUGAGUUCGGGAUUGGGGUCGAUUAUGAAUCUCGUUUGUUCUUCAAUAUGUUCAACUCCAAGAUGGAUGUUGAAUGGCUCCAUUAUCAUAAUGUGAGCAAGACCUCUGCUGUGCAGAUGCAGCACGGUGUUCCCAGAGAGAGACGUCUCAUGCUUCCUGAGGACUUGGUUCCCUCAAAAAUCGGUAACCCGUUUAUCCAGCCGCGUUUCACGAAGGACGACUGGCCGAAUCCGCCUUGGAAUGCCACGCUCGACAAGCUUCCAAACCAUCGCAACCACACGUGGCAUCAUCUUCCUUUGAUGACGAACAUUCAUUCGGCAUCUGUCCCGGCUCUGCUACACCUUGAUGGGGAUCGUACAGUUCGCGACAAGUGGUGGUCGGAAAUGUGGUACCAGCCAUGGGCUCGGGCACUACUCCGCAAGUAUAUGCGGACCGCCUCUGGGUUUGACACCUCCCAAUCCGCCUUGAUGGGAGGCCAAGAAUGGUGGGACAUGCGUGGCGGCAAGGGAGGUCUGUGGACCGACAAGGGCGAAUGGCUGAAUUACGGCGAGGUCUGCGGCAGCUACAACCGGGACGUCUUUGACGAUGAACUUGGGCCAUUUGGCCAGGAGAACGGUGAAGACGCUGACGAGCCAGUCUACAAUCAGUUCGGAAACGUUAUCAAGGGUAAGGAGGACCUGACAGCCCCCCCGUGGUAGAUGGCUUGCUCUUCUUGAAUCUCAGAGACUGGUUUCUGUGAGAUACAUCAAAACGCAGGGUGCCAGACAUGUGGGCAUUGGACCUCCUGUAGUCGCCAAGAUUUAUCGUUUCCUUUGCACAUAUUACGCGGCUGGUGCUACGAGGCGCAGUGACCGUCCGGCCACAUUCCAAGGGUUGUGCAUAUAUCCCCACCGUGAUGGGAGAUCUUCUUGAAUUAGCGAGUUGUGUUUCCUGCUUUUGCCAUGAGACAUGGCACGCCUCUUGAGCAAUCAUUGGGGGAGGAGUGACGUCCUAUCACCAAGUCGACUGCGAGAAAACACUAGAUAGUAG